GGCGCAUGCGCAGUGGAGUAGCAGCGCUACGCUGAGGUGGACUUGUCAGUCACUUGAAAAAAGCUGCUCACUUCGCCUCCCCGACCUCCAGAACCAGAACACAUCAUGAUGAUCCGGAUAGUUGCUUUCCUCGCGCUCCUGGUGGCCGCCUGCUCCGGGGAGAGCUGCACCGACCCGGUGAUCACUCCCUCGGCCUACACCACCUCGGACGCCGUCAUCUCCUCCGAGUCCGUGUUCAUUGUGGAGCUCAGCCUGGCGUGUGGGAACGGAGCGCAGAGCGUCACUCUCUACGCUGACGUCAAUGGAAGACAGUUCCCGGUGACCCGGGGUCAGGACGUCGGAAAGUACCAGGUUUCCUGGAGUCUCCCUCACAAGCAGGCCAGCUCCGGAACGUACCAGGUCAAGUUCUUUGACGAGGAGUCGUACAGUGCGCUGCGCAAGGCCCAGAGGAACAACGAAGACGUGAACGCCAUCCAGCCUCUCUUCUCUGUCAACAUCGACCACAGGGGUGCGUGGAGUGGACCCUGGGUCUCCACCGAGGUCGUCGCUGCUCUGAUGGGCAUCCUGGUCUACUACCUGGCCUUCACAGCCAAAAGCACCAUCCAAGCAUGAGCAGUGGCUUCCUCACACCGGCCUGCUCAAAGACUGAACUCCUGUGGAGCUCCAGUGGGUCGGCCCGGCCCGGCCGCUUUUUUUUUUUUUACUGUUGGUGCCCGACUUACUCAUGACUCGAUGAGUGAGUGAGUGUUUGUGCCGACGUCAGCAGUCUCACCUGUCUCAUUCAUUGUCUUCAAAAGUCAUUAAAAGAACCGUGAAUCUACUGCCUGGAAGCGGUAAACGGCAGAGCAAAGGUUUGUUUCCCAAAAAACAGUUUGCUGGACGUGGCAGCAGAGGAAACUGCCGACUUACGAUUUACGUGAAUUAAAGGUUUGUUUCCUCUG